CAGCAGGCUGCCACCCGCCAGAUAGGUCCGACCGGCGCAUUCGCGCUGCAGCCUGCACUGUUUCCUUAUCCGGGCCAGCUGUGGGGCCCGUCCGUCUCCACAGAGUACGGUUCCUCGGUCUCUCAAUCCAGGAAGCGACAGCGGGAUGAGGACGAUGAUGAGGCGGACUCCAAGUGGGAGUUUAGCAAUGAGAGGCACAGUGUUUCUCAGCCGAUCGCGGGUCCUAGCCAGCAGCGAGGGUACGUCCACAGACCCGUCCCAGGCUCCAAUGGCUUCGAAGGCAGCGUCCCCGAGCCUGACUAUCCGUGGGCGGGACGAUAUACCCAGCAGGGCGGGUGGCGGGACCUUCAUGGAACGCACAUCUCGCCGCUGCCGUCGCCGAAACGUGCCCGUCGCGAGUGAUCGUAGGGUAUUCAUCCAUUAACAUCUCCGUGUUGAGCAGUGAGCCCGCUGCGUUGUUUAGUAUACCCGUCUGCGUGCCGUACAGUAUACCCGGCUGCAUAUUGUGCAGUAUACCCACCCGUCUGCGCGUUGUGCAGUAUACCCGUUGUGUUUCUUUGUCCUGUUUUUGCACGGACCUGUCUGUUCGCGUGAUCGCGAUCGAUGUAAGACAACUGCGAACGACUCUGCGACUUGGACAUAGAACGUUUGCAUCUACGCGGCUGUCAGGCACAUCCGAUGGACAUUGCAGUCAGUCAAUGCCCCAUGCGUGACACACAGCGUACACCUGGGUGUCAUCGCGGGCUCCACCCUUGGUA